AUGGAGCCUGGGGUGCAGGUUUCUGAGUGGAGCUCCUCUGAGGACGAGGGCCGGCCUUCGGUGCCCAGACGGAUGUCCUCGGGGGUGGUGCCGAAGCACAGCACCCCCGAGGAAGGCUUCCUUCCCCAGCACAGGAGCCCCCUGGGCCGUGUCCCCUACCGCCGGGGAGAGGGCCCCAACGACGGGUCCCUGCUAUCCACACACUCUUCCUGGGACCUGCCGUCCCCCGUCCAAAGGAGGCGGCUUUCUACCAUCUGGGCCUCUGAGAAGUCCAGCGAGCAGCUAGGGCCAGAGGAGGACCCCUGGGCUCCUGAGGAAGAGCCACCCGCACCAGCUGAGGUCACCCAGCAGCGGCGACGGCGGCAACAGCAACGCAAGAAGCAGGGAGAGGCCCCAGGGAGCUGGACGGGAAACGUGCGGUUGCCCGGUAUCCCAAACACUGCUGGGCGGAGGCACCGGGACCCGAGGAAGCUGGCAGCUGUGACCGAGCGCGUGAGGCAGUGGGAGGCCCGCCUGCUCUGGAGCAUCGAGGAGGCCACCCAGCACGAGCUCACCGUGCUGGACGACUGACCGUGGGAGACCAGGGGGCUCAGGGGCUCAGCCUGACUCUUGUCCCUCUGUCCAUCUGUCCUACUCAUCUGUCCAUCCGCUUGUACACCCUACACCCUCCUUGGGACUUGCUGCAGGUACCCCCUUGAGGGCCCCCACCACAUCAUGCCACUCAGGUGGGGGGGGCUGUUGAUAAAGACCUUGUUACUCAGAUCCAAGUGUGGUCCUGGCUG